AUGAAAAUUCUUACCGAUGGCCGCGGUCGGCCGCGCUCCUCGGCCGCGGAGCAGCUUGGAGGCGGCGCAUCGUCGUUGUCCCGGCGCGCUCCCGGUCGACUCGGCGGCGGCGGCGGCGGCGGCGGCGGCGGCGGUGGCGGCGGCGGCCAGUACCCGGCCGCCCAGUACGGCGCGCCGGCCCAGGCGCCCGUCAUCCACAAGCACGUGUACGUGCACGUGCCGCCGCCCGAGGCGCCCGAGUACAAGGCGCCCAAGUACGUGGCCCCGCAGGCGCCGCCCCAGAAGCACUACAAGAUCGUGUUCAUCAAGGCGCCCACCCCGCCGACCCCCACCGCCCCCGUGAUCCCCUUGCAGCCGCAGGACGAGGAGAAGACGCUGAUCUACGUGCUGGUGAAGAAGCCCGAGGAGCAGCCCGAAAUCGUGAUCCCCACGCAGGCGCCCACGCAGCCCAGCAAGCCCGAGGUCUACUUCAUCCGCUACAAGACCCAGAAGGAGAGCCAGGCUGCCUACGGGCCGCCCAGCGCCACCCCCGGCACCCCCAUCGACAGCUACGGACCGCCGGCCGGCGGUAGCGACGGCCCCUACUAGGCGGCCCGCGCGGAGCUCCGGGAGCGCCUGCGCUCGCCCUCCGCCGCCCGUCGAAUUCUCGGCUCGACGGCCUGCCUCUGUACAAAGCUCGGCGCGACCGGCGAGCCCUCCCAGCGGCUCCUUCCCGCACCUCCUCCCUCCCGGCA